AUGGCACGUCUCUUGCAGCUUCACCGUCUUGAUACCGUCAAGGCCCGAGAGGAGAGACAGCGCAAUGGAUGCAAUAUGAUCGAGCUUGAGGUUCAGCGAAGGAUUUGGUGGCACAUGGUCGCGGAUGACUGCCGAGUAACAAUCAACUACAGGCUAAUGAGUUUUGCGGGAGGCCCGUUUGAUGGUGUCUACUCUUUCCAUCCGCAGCACAUGAAGGUGGAUUAUCCGAAGAAUGUCGACGAUCACCAUAUCACGGCCUCCAUGCCAGGACCUGACCUGCCACUCUCUACACCCACAGCGAUGUCUACUUUCCUAGCACGCGUCAGAUUUGCCACCCUCUGUCGUGAGAUUGUAGAUAUCAUGGGGCCAACUUUACUAGAGGGCAACGAACCCGAGUACAGUGUCGUCUUGGAAAUAGGACAAAAACUGCAGGAUCACCUUGAUGAACUGCCUCCUUUUCUCAGACUAGAUUCCGACAGUAUAAGAAUGAGCCAGGAUGAUUGCACGCAGCGACCCGAUCUUGUGUUGCAACGACUCACCACCAACUUUAGUAUUCACGCACGCAUUUGCCGACUUCAUCGCCUGUAUCACCUAGAGGGCUCGCUGAAUCCAGAGUACGCAUACUCACGUACCAUGUGCAUCCGGUCUGCUCACCGGGUCCUGGAGCUGCGUCGUGCUAUGGACCAGGUUGGGACAGAAGCAGGCUGCCACCCAGCCCGUUUUUGGAAGAUUACGCAACAUGUGUUCCUCGCGGCCUUGACCCUGGCAACAGAUGUUUCCAUCAAUCCCGAGGGACCGGAUGCGGAGGACAGGAAGGCCAAAGUGAUGGCGGCAUACAAAACCUUGGAGAGCUCUAAAGAGGACUCAAUCACGCUUGUGGAGACGAUCCAGAAGAAUUUACAGGCUCUGAUGACAACUCUCGAGUCAAGGCGAACGGCUAAUCCGUCGUCCUUGCGCAGAGCUCAAAUAGCACGGAGACCUGAAACCGUGACAGCGCAACGUUCUCUUUCCCAGCACCCGCCACAACUGUAUCCUAUCGGAUCAGAGGUGAGAGGUGAGCCUGGGUUGGAUUCAAUGAUCCAGGAUGUCCCAAUUUCAGUUGAUGGUAGUGUUUCCGCAAUGGAUAGCAGCAGCUCUGGGGUGGAUCAGCUAUGGGACGACUUCUGGGCUGUGGCCCCGGAGUUGGAGGCUACAGACUGGAAUAUGUUGCUAGAAGACAUGUACACGGAUUGGGAGCCCAGCGUACAAUAG